AUGCCUCCGAGGUUAUCACUGCUGGAUGCCGCAAGGCAAUCCGUGUCCCUCAUCAGGACUCAGGCCUGCCAAUUCUCGCAGACAGCCUCGUCACUAGCCAUCCGCCGUGACCUCCGAUCCUCGACAGCACGCCUGAUGGACCUGGACUCGUCGUCCCCCUCGUCCUCGUCCACGUCCCCCCAGCAGCAGCAGCAGCAAUCGCCGCGGUCGCAGCCGACGUCGGCCGCCGAGAACGUCUUCACCAUCUUCCAGCGGGACCGCAACAACCGGCGCAACGGGGGCGGCGUGGCGGGCGAGCAGCGGGUCGGCGGCGCGUCGUCGACGGCCAGCGAGCUGCGCAGCAAGAACACGGCCGAGGAGUACAUGCGCCAGAUGCCGCGCCGCUUCAACAUCGGCGACCUGUACGCGCCCCACGACCUGAGCCCCGUCGAGGCCGCCAAGCACCGCAAGAUCACCACCGUCCAGCGCGACCUGGUCGACCUCCUGGGACUGCGGCCCCAGGACAUGUACAGGAACUUCUCCUUCAUCUCCGAGUUCAUCACCCCCCACGGCCGCAUCAAGAAGUCCUACUAUACGGGCCUGCGGCCGGUCAACCAGCGCAAGCUCGCCAAGGCCAUCCGGCGGGCCGUCGGCCAGGGCCUCCACCCCAGCGUCCACAAGCACCCGGAGAUCCUGAUGCGCCAGCGCAACGUCGCGGGUGCCCAGACCAUGGCGACCGGCAGUCUGGGCAACCACUACAAGGUGUAG